AUGACCCGCGCAAAGCGAUUCGCAACAUGGACGGCAGUCCUUAGUGUCGCCUACAUCCUCGUCUUUCUUCAAAUUGUUCCAUUACCGCUCGUCGAAGAGGAGACGGCCGCACAGAUUGUGCCAGUGAUUCCAUGGUGGCUACUCGUCACAUUUGGCUCGUACUCACUGUGGUCACUCGGUUGGGGUCUCUUUACGUUUAGAGACUGUGAAGAGGCAUACGAAGAGCUUAUGGGUGAAAUUAGCAUGGCCAAAGCCGAUUUGCGUGCAAGAGGCGUCACAGUUGACUGA